AUGGUCAGUUUAAUCGCCUUCCACACAUAUUAUUCACGUCAUAGUUUCCUUUCACCUUCCACCAUGAUUUCACGACCAAACAACCAUAGACGAUCGCUCUCGUCCGGCAAUCGAACACCAUCCCCCGAUCGGGCCGUUACAAGGGCCAAGUCGACGGAUGGGUUGUCCAGAUUCAAAUCCGAGAAGCCAACACCGGCUGUCCGGUCGACAAGCGUAGGGAAUUUUACCGACAGCGGUUUUAGCACGCUGAAGGACCCAAGACUUUCAGCUCCAAUGGAAGAGUCAGAGGAGUCAUCACCGGCCUCUCAUCACCCUGACCUGAACGAUGAGGUCGCCGCGUUGAGUGUCAAGCUUGUUCAGGCUAUCAACAACCAAACUACCCUCGAUGACAACCUUGUCGCUGCCCGCCAGGAACUGGAACAGGCACAGACCAUGGUCCAGACAUUGGAGCUCGAAAAUGAAAAGUAUCGGCGAGACAUCGACCAGGAAGUGUUGAUCAGGAAAGCCGAUUCGGACCAGGAGAUUUCCCGCUUACAAGAGGCUCUGGCAGAAGAGAAAGCACAACGGGCAGCCAUCGAAAAGGGCAAAAAGACCAUCGAGCAAGAGCUUGAGACUCUUACUGCUGCUCUCUUUGAGGAAGCUAAUAAGAUGGUUGCUGCUGCUAAACUCGAACGAGAAGAAGUCGAAAAAAAGAAUGAGCAACUCCGUGCUCAGGUCAAAGACACCGAAUCCCUCCUUGCGUCGCAUCAAGAUCAACUAGCAGAAUUGAAAGCUGUCAUGCAGGGCAUGAACCUUGCGAAGGAUGACACCGAUACUCGCACGAUCGCCUCCACCGCCCCCUCGUCACCAGCUGCACGCCGUCAGUCACUGCAAGGGAUGGUUAAGAAGAACCAGGUAGCUGCACAGCCUCUGGACCAAGAUCUACCCGCACAACCGAUAGAGGACAUCUUACCGGGUCCCUCUACUAGCUUCCCGCAUUUGGUCAAGACUGUGUGCCGGACGGACCAUCAAGCAUUUGAGGAUUUUCGUGACCUAUUUCACGUGCCGCAGUCAAGACCUCCCAGCCGGGCGCCUAGCGGAUCGUACAGUGGUCUAAAUGUGAUGAGCUUCGCCAACUUUGGCAGUGGAAGUUUUGGGUCAACGUCUUCGUCGCCAUCCAAAUCGCAAACUCAUUCUCCCAGUGGGAGUAUGUCUUCUCCACAGCCCGGUAGUUCGCACUCUCUAUUGAAGGAAAAGCGGUUCUACAAGAGGGCUCUCGUUGAGGAUAUUGAACCAACUCUCAGACUUGAUCUCGCUCCAGGAAUUUCAUGGCUUACGCGACGUACGGUUAUAAAUGGUAUUUGUGAGGGCAGCUUGUUAGUAGAGCCGAUGCCACCAACAGGGAGGGACCCAUGUGCAAUGUGUGGCGAGCGCAGGGCUGCACCUGAAUACCAACGGUGCCACCGUUUCCGAACAUCUGAUAGCGAGGCCGCUCAGCGAUAUCCAUUGUGUUCUCUCUGUCUGGAGAGGACGCGGUCAUGUUGUGAAUUUACUGGAUACCUGCGUCUUAUCCUUGACGGACAUGUCCGGGCCGGCGAUUCCGAAGAGGAAAAGGAUGCUUGGGAGGAAACUAUUCGUCUACGGGAGAGGAUGUUCUGGUCUCGCGUUGGCGCUGGCGUUGUUCCCUUGCAUUCCCACGCUUCUGUGAAUGGCUUGACCGGUGCGCAAGUUGAUGGUCUUCAACCGUCAAUACUUGAGAGUAUCGGCGUGCAGACCGAUGCAGAAAAUGAUUACCACGAAUAUUACAAUGAUGACAGCGACUACGACAGAGCGUCUGUGUACGAGGACCCCUUCGUAUCCGCUGGCUCAGCAUCUCCUGCAAGCACUGCAUAUUCGGCCAUCAACACCGAUCAGCCGGAACCGCUAGAUUUGGGGCAAGAGGUCUAUGAGCCUAACAUUGAGCAAGUAACGGUCUCUGCCACCAUUCAAUCUCCAAAGUCUGGAGAAAGUGAUGCACCAAUUAAACAAUUAACGACGCAAACUGUCGAGCCGGUUAUCGAAAAAGAGACCGCUUGA